CAUCAAAUAAACCUGGAUUAAUUCAAAACUAUAUAAAUCAUUCAAAAUUUAGCAUUUGCGAAUACUAUGUUUUUAAACUAGGACAAUUUUAGGAAACUUGAAUCACACUACUAUAAAUCAUUAGAAAAGUUACUAAAUCGGAAGCAAUGACAAAAUACUAUUCAACUUACAAAGUUCUUGUUGGGAUAUAUUCCCGAUUCGACAGUUAUAUAGAACUAUACGAUAGGCGUAUAAAGAAAAUAAUCUGUUAGAUGUUCUUAUGUUUGUGGUCUUUAGUGACAGGUUAACUUCAUAAUUAAUUGUAGUUGUAAAUUGUUUACGGGAAGAAUGUUUGGUAACAACUGUAAUGUUUAUGCUGUAUUAAGAUUCACUUCAUAAAUUAUUUCACAUAUAAAGAAAAUUAUUAAAAAAUAGAAACUACAAAUGUGUGUCAAGUGUUAAAUAGUUGCUUUUGAAUAUAUGAAAUGGAAAAUAAUAUGGAAGACAAUGACCUAAUAGUGAGUUCGACGGAAAAUGAAUUAGUUUGUGUAAAACAGGAGAAUAGUGACGAUCUUGAAUUGGGAAUAGAACAAACUAGCUUCAAAGAAGAAAUCAAUAUUUUUAAAGAGAAUGUGGAGAAAGAUUUUGAUGCAAAACCAAUUCCACAUACUUCAAGUGUUUUAAUCGAAAAUAUUCAAAAUAUCAAGGAAGAUUUGGAUAAAAAAACAAUUUUGCCUGUAUCGGGUGCUUUAAUAGAAAAUACGCAUAGUAUUAAACAAGAGGAAAAUGAUGAUUUAAUUACCGAUUUCGUGAAUGAAUAUAAUGUUCAAUAUAAAUCAGAUUGCAAUUACUUUGAUGAACAGUAUCGAAGAAAUGAAAACAAAAGGAAAUAUAGCAGGCCAAUUAAAUUUAGAGGAAAAUUAUUCGAUGGAAAAUAUUUGAGUAAACAUGAUAAGUUUAAUGGGAUUUUUGAGUGUCAAGAAUGUGGAAAUAUGUAUGUGAAAAUGGACGAAUAUCAUCUACAUAUUUCAACAAAACAUUUUGUGAAAACUAAAAAGAAAGCUGUUGAUAAAACGCAAUUAAUAUCGACUGUUUCGAUUAAAAAAGAAAUCGAUUUUGAUAAUACUCCAUUCAAAUGUAAUAUUUGCUCUAAAACUUUCGAGCAACCAAAUAAUUUGAGUAUACACUUGCGUCAACACACUGAGAAAAAUUCUUUCAAAUGUGAAAUUUGUUCUAAAUAUUUUCCAAGUAAAUAUAAUUUGAAAAGGCAUAAACGAUGGCACACAAUUGAUAAACCGUAUGAAUGUGAUGUCUGUUCAAAAUUAUUCAUCUAUAAAUUUCUAUUGACACAUCAUUUACGUCAGCACACGGGGGAAAAACCUUACAAAUGUGAUAAAUGUACAAAAUCCUAUGCACACAAAGAAUCGUUGGUAUACCAUUCACGUACACACACGGGCGAAAGACCUUAUAAAUGUGACAUUUGUUCACAAACAUUCAAAACAAAAUUUUCUUUAAAUACCCAUUCACACAUUCACACUGGUAAAAAACCGUUUAAUUGUGAAAUUUGUUCAAAAUCCUUCGCAUACAAGGAAUCGUUGGUAUAUCAUUUACGUACACACACAGGAGAGAAACCUUUCAAAUGUGAUAUCUGUUCGAAAGCCUUUCCUGCUAAGAGCACUUUACAGAAACAUAAGACGUGUCACACGGACGAAAGACCGUUCAAAUGUGACGUUUGUUCGAAAACAUUCAAAUUAAAAUCGUCCUUAAACGUUCAUUUGCAGAUUCACACCGGAGAAAAACCUUUCGAUUGUAAAAUUUGUUCGAAAGCUUUUGGCGACAAAAAAAAUUUAAAGGCGCAUAUUGGUAUCCACAUAGGAGAAAAACCGUUUAAAUGUGACAAAUGUCCAAAAUCGUUUUUAUGUAAAAGCCAUUUGAAAUCGCAUACGCGUUUCCAUACAAGGGAAAAUUUGUACGAAUGUGAUAUUUGUUCAAAAUCGUAUGCAUAUAAGGAAUCCUUAAUAUAUCAUUUACGUACACACAGAGGGGAAAAACCUUUCAAAUGUGAAAUUUGUUCGAAAUCUUAUACCCAAAAACAGUUGUACAUUCGUCACUUGCGUGGGCACACUGGGGAAAAACCUUUCAAAUGUGAUAAUUGUUUAAAAUCUUAUGCACAUAAAGAAUCAUUAAUAUAUCACUUACGUACACACAGAAAAGAAAAACCUUUCAAAUGUGACAUAUGUUCAAAAACCUAUGCACAUAAAGAAUCAUUAAAGUAUCAUUUAAAUACACACACGGGGGAAAGACCAUAUAAAUGUGACAUUUGUUCGAAAUCCUAUACACAUAAAGAAUCGUUAAUAUAUCAUUCACGUACACAUACAGAAGAAACACCAUUCAGAUAUGAAAUUUUUUCAAAAUCCCUCCCUGGUAAAAGCACUACACAGAAACAUGAAAAAUGUCACACAGAUGAAAGUCCGUAUAAAUGUGAUGUUUGUUUGGUAACCUUCAAAGCGAAAUAUUCCCUAAGCAAACAUUCCCAGAUUCACUCUAAUCAGAAACUGUUUAAUUGCGAAAUUUGUUCAAAAUCUUUCCCACAUAAAAACAGUCUUACAUCACAUAUGCUUAUCCAUGUAGGGGAAAAACCGUUUAAAUGUGAAGUUUGUUCAAAAUCUUUUACCCGAAAACGUUUAUUCGUAUUUCACUUACAUAGGCACACGGGAGAAAAACCUUUCAAAUGUGAUAUUUGUUCUAAAUCGUACGCACAUAAAAAAUCGUUGAUAAAUCAUUUACUCACACACAAGGAGGAAAAUCCUUUCAAAUGUGACAUUUGUUCAAAAACCUAUGCGUAUAAAGAAUCGUUGGUACACCAUUUAAAUACACACACGGAGGAAAGACAGUAUCGAUGUGAAAUUUGUUCGAAAUCGUUUCUGCUUAAAAAUAGUUUAAAACAACAUAUGCAAUGUCACGCACAUAAAUGUGAAAUUUGUUCGGAAUCUUUUAAAACUAUGUCUAACCUAAACAGUCAUUUGCUUUCGCAUAAUGAAAACAACCCCUUUAAAUGCGACAUUUGCUUGCAAGAUUUUUCUCAGAAACGAUCCCCGAGUAGCUAUUUGCGCUUCCACAUUUGUGAAAAACCUAUUAAAUGUGAAGAUCAAUCCGACUCUUAUGAAAUGGAUAAUAAUAUGGAAGACAAUGACCAAAUCGUGAAUUCGACGGAAAAUGAAUUAUGUAUAAAACAGGAGAACAGCUUCAAGGAAGAAAUCGAUAUUUUCAACGAGAAGGUGGAGAAAGAUUCUGAUGAAAAACCAAUUCCACAUACAUCAUGUGUUUUAAUCGAAAAUAAACAAAAUAUCAAAGAAGAUUUGGAUAAAAAAACAAUCUUACCUGUAUUGGGUGUUUUAAUAGAAAAUACGCAUAGUUUUAAACAAGAGGAAAAUGAUGAUUUAAUUACCGAUUUCAUGGAUGAAUAUAAUGUUCAAUAUAAAACAGAUUGCAAUUACUUUGAUCAACAGUAUGGGAGAAAUGAAAACAAAUGGAAAUAUAGGAGGCCUAUUAAAUUUAGAGGGAAAUUAUUCGAUGGUAAAUAUUCGGGCGAACAUGGGAUUUUCGUGUGUCAAUUAUGUGGAAAAAUGUGCGUGAAAAAAGAAGAAUAUCUUCUACAUACUUCAACGGAACAUUUUUUGAAAAAUAAAAAUAGAAACGUCGAUAAAACGCAAUUAAAAUCGAUUAAAAAAGAAAUCGAUUUUGAUAAUGACCCAAUCGAAUCGAAUAUUUCCUCGAAACCUUCCACACAAAAACAGAGUUUCAUCCGUAACUUGAGUACACACAUGAUCGAAACACCUUUCGAAUGUGACAUUUGUUCAAAAUCUUAUCCAUACAGAGGAUCGUUGAUCUAUCAUUUACGUACACACACGGGGGAGAGACCGUUUAAAUGCGACAUCUGUUCGAAAUCGUUUCCCGCCAACAGCACUUUACGAAAACACCAAAAAUGUCACACGGACGAAAGACCGUUCAAAUGUGACGUUUGUUCGGUAACCUUCAAAGCGAAAUAUUCCCUAAACAAACAUUCGCAGAUCCACACCGGAUUAAAACCGUUUAAAUGCGACAUUUGUUCGAAAUCAUUCGCCCACAAGCAAUUAUUCAAUGGCCACUUGCGCAGGCAUACAAGGAUAAAAUCUUUCAAAUGUGAUUACUGUUCAAAAUCCUUUGCGCAAAAAGUGUCCUUGGUAAAUCAUUUACUUUCCCACACGGGGGAAAAACCGUUUAAAUGCGACAUCUGUUCGAAAUCCUUCCCUUCUAAUAACACUUUACAAAAACAUAAGAAAUGUCACACGGACGAAAGACCGUUCGAAUGUGACGUUUGUUCGACAACAUUCAAAUUUAAAUCGUCCCUGAAUAAGCAUUCGCACAUUCACACUGGUAAAAAACCGUUUAAUUGCGAAAUUUGUUCGAAAUCCUUCGCAUACAAGGAAUCGUUGGUAUACCAUUUACGUACACACACGGGAGAGAGACCUUUCAAAUGUGACAUCUGUUCGAAAGCCUUUCCUUCCAACAAAACUUUACAGAAACACAAGACUUGUCACACGGACGAAAAAUCGUUCAAAUGUGACGUUUGUUCGAAAACGUUCAAGUUAAAAUCGUCCCUCAACUCCCAUUCGCAGCUCCACACCGGCGAACAAACUUUCGAUUGUAAAAUUUGUUCCGAAUCAUUUAACGACAAAAAAAAUUUGAAAGCGCACGUCGGUGUCCAUGCGGCAGAAAAACCGUUCAAAUGUGACGAAUGUCCAAAGUCGUUUUUAUGCAAAAGCCAUUUGAAAUCGCAUACGCGUCUCCAUACACGGGAAAAUUUGUACGAAUGCGAUAUUUGUUCAAAAUCGUAUGCGUACAAGGAAUCCUUGAUAUAUCAUUUACGCACACACGAGAACAGACCUUUCAAAUGUCAAAUUUGCCCGGAAUCUUUUAGAACGAUGUCUAACCUAAACAGUCAUUUGGUUUCGCAUAGCGAAAACAAAACAUUUAAAUGCGACGUUUGCCUGCAAGAUUUUUCAAAGAAACGCUCCCCGAGUAGCUAUUUGCGCUUCCACAUCUGUGGAAAAACUUAUUAA